GCUGACGUAUUUAUCCCUCGCCGGAAGAGAAUCGGACUCUUCGAAGCUACAAACAACUAAAACUGUUGUUUGUAUUGAUUCAACUGAUUAAAUCGUCAGAUUUUUUUUUUUAUCGGUCCCGAUGGCUUUGGAGACUUGUCCCAAGGAUCUGCGCCACUUGAGGGCAUGCCUUUUAUGCUCUCUUGUGAAGACUAUUGACCAGUUUGAAUAUGAUGGAUGUGACAACUGUGAGUCCUAUCUUCAGAUGAAGGGGAAUCGAGAAAUGGUCUAUGAGUGUACAAGUUCCUCGUUUGAUGGUGUCAUAGCCAUGAUGAGUCCCGAGGACAGCUGGGUGGCAAAGUGGCAAAGAAUCAGUAACUUUAGGCCAGGUGUCUAUGCUGUAACUGUGACAGGACGGCUCCCUCCCGGUGUGGUGAGAGAGCUGAAGAGCAGAGGAGUGAUCUACAAAUCCAGAGACACUGCUGUGAAGACAUAAGCCUAGCGGUUACCAUGACAUCUAAACGUAAAAACAGACAACAAAUCCUGUCAACACAAGCUUGUUGAGAUGGAUGUUGUUGGUUGUGGGGUUUUUGUAAUUUUAAUGUAAUUUUUGUUUUGCAGCACCUAACAUAACUGUCCUGUUUUUCAUUUUUUUAAAGAUCAUGUGUUUUGUUGGUAAUUGUUUUGCAUGGGAAGGGUUUGCUCUCAUAUGGCUAUAAUUCCUUUCAGUGAUUUCAUUUACGAAGCUGGAGUGUAUUUAUCUUUAUAAUAAACUCUUCUUUUGUAAAAUAAAAAAGAGAAAACCC